UUGGUGGGUUGGAUUAAGCUAAAUGCAGGGAUAACCACAGAGCUGCUUUUGACCCUGUUCAGCCUGGAAGGCGUUCUUCACUACGGAAUUGCAGGGAAUGCAAAUCCAAACCUGCAGAUUGGUGACGUCACGAUUCCGGAGUACUGGGCUCAUUCUGGGCUCUGGAAUUGGCAGAGGUUCGGGUCGGGGCCCAACAACCCGCUCGCCCUGGAGUCCAACGGCGACUUCACCAGGGAAAUCGGUUACCUGAGAUUUGCGAACUACAGCAUUACUCCGUCGUCGGACAACCUUUUGAACAACGUUUGGUAUCAACCGGAGGAGAUAUUCACGGUGGACGGAUCCCCUGAAGUCAGGGAGCACAUCUUUAAGGUCCCCGUCGAUUCGCGUUACCUGGAAGUUGCCAAAAUGGUCGAGAAACAGGGCGUGACCUUGGAGAGGUGCGUGAACUCAUCUUUAUGCCUGCCGAGACCUCCGGCGGCCGCGACGGUGGCGGUGGGAGUGAGCGCGGGCGUCUUCGUCGACAACAGGGCAUAUCGGGAGUUCUUGAGUGCCAAGUUCAACGCCACCGCCAUAGAUAUGGAGAGCGCUGCGGUGGCGCUGGUUUGUCAUCAGCAGAGGACGCCAUUCAUUGCGAUCAGGGCUCUGUCCGACUUGGCCGGCGGUGGGUCGGCCGUUUCUAACGAGGCGGAUGCUUUCGCUCCCUUGGCCGCUGAGAAUGCCGUGCGAGUCCUGCUUAGCUUCAUCGCCGCGUUAUCAUCUUUAAUUACGCGCCAAAAACUAGAAACUGGUGCGGCGGCAAAGCAAUGCCGCAAUGGGGCCGGCUAUGGCGCUAAGCUGUAA